AUGGCAGCCUCUUUUGAUAUAAUUUUGAUAAUAUUUUCACUGUUUCUGAUCUUUCUGAUUUCCCCUGCUGCUUCUGAAUUUGUUAAUAAUACUGCUACUACUGACUUCAGAUCAUCUGCAGACUCGCCGUCAUCGUGUGAGGCUUAUGUUACAUAUCGUGUUAAGUCACCUUAUGCUGACCUUGGAAGUAUAUCUGAUCUGUUUGGAAAAAGCAGAGCAGAGAUAGCAACAGCCACUAAUCUAACAUCGGAGGAUGCUCCACUAAUUCCGAAUCAGCUGUUGUUGGUGCCAAUCACCUGUACCUCAAACGGGACACACUAUUUCUCCAAUGCUACAUAUCAGAUAAAGAAGGAUGACAACUUAUACGCAGUUCAAGUGAAGGUUUUCCAGAAUAUGACCGACUAUCAUGUGGUUGAAGACAUGAACCCAGUGUUGGAUCCUCUCAAUUUGACGAUAGGGGAGGAAGUCAUCUUUCCGUUGUUCUGCAAGUGCCCCGGAGAGUCGUACAAAGAAAAGGGAAUUCAGUUCCUCACUACUUACGUAUGGCAGCCGGAUGACAACACAGAGCUUGUGAGUGCUAUGUUCCAGACGACGGCUUCAGAUAUUGAGAUGGCGAACAACUACAGGAAUUUCACUGCUGCAGUUUGUCUUCCUGUGUUGAUUCCAGAGAAGACACCGAUUCUUGUGCAGCUUUUUCCAUCUUCAGCUUCGCGUGGUAAAUCAAAACUCCAAUCGAUUCUAAUAGCUAGUUCGAGUGCUCUGGCUUUGAUUUUUUUGUCAGGGUUUGUGGUGUUCUUCUUUCUCUCGCGCAAGAAAAAGAAGUUGUUGGACCGAAAUGGUUCUUCUCUGGAUGCAUCGGAUCUUUUUGCAAUGUAUAAAGCCUCCAAAGACAAGAAAUUAGAGGUGAAGACGAUACAGGACAAGCUGCUUCCGGGAGUAUCGGGCUAUCUUGGCAUGCCGAUAGUAUAUGAUAUAAAUGUUAUUCUGAAGGAAACUAUGAACCUGAGUGAACGGUACAGAAUUGGAGGGUCGGUCUACAAGGCUACAAUCAACGACCAGGUUCUUGCUGUGAAGAAAACACGUGAUGCAACGGAGGAAGUCCAAAUAUUACAGAGAGUGAAUCAUGCAAAUUUGGUGAAGUUGAUGGGAGUCUCCUCUGAUAAUGAUGGUAACUUCUUCAUAGCCUAUGAAUACGUCGAGAACGGAUCAUUGGACAAUUGGCUCUCCCGGAAGGUUUCAGCUUCUUCUUCCACAGUUAAAUCCCUCGUUUGGAGUCAACGGCUCGUUAUAGCUCUAGAUGUUGCCAACGGUCUUCACUACAUGCAUGAGCAUACUCAACCAAGCAUUGUUCACAAGGAUAUCAGGACGAGCAACAUACUCCUCGAUUCCAACUUUAGAGCAAAGAUAGCAAAUUUUUCUGCAGCCAGACCAGCUACUUCAUCAGCCAUGUUAAACAUUGAUGUGUUCUCUUUUGGAGUCGUGCUCCUGGAGUUGCUCUCAGGAAAGAAAGUCAUGGAAACGAAGGAUGAUGGUGAAGUUGUGAUGCUGUGGAAAGAGGUAAAUGGAAUUUUGGAUAUUGAAGAUCAAAGGAAAGAGAGGCUAAGGAUAUGGAUGGAUCCGAAUUUGGAAAGCUCCUACCCCAUUGAAGACGCUCUAAGCUUGACAACUUUGGCUAGAGCUUGUACGUCGGAGAAUUCUUUGGAAAGACCAACAAUGGGGGAGGUCGUCUUCAACCUCAGUGUACUCAGUCAAUCAUCUCCUCACAUGAGUGAAAAAUCUUGGGUUUCCAAGUUCGAAACUGAGGAAGUCUCCCCUGUUGUCACUCCAGUUGAAGCUCGUUGAAAGUUGUAAGUUGGUUUAAGGUUCCCAGUCAUUAUUAUGUGUAUAGGUGCAGUAGCCUUAUCAGAAUCAAGUCUGAUGCAUCUUCUUUAUGUGGUAUUAUUACCCUAAGGAAUACAAACCAUUGCUACCAAGGAAAAUUUCUUUUGAAAUAGACCAUAUUCUGUACAUUUUGAUUUCAUGUCUAUGAAAACACCCUUUCUGAAUUGUAAGAAAAAGAGCAUCGUAAGUCUACUGAGAUAAAUUUGUCUAAAACAGACAUUUGCAAAAAUAAGAAAACGAAAAAUUGAGAGUUGGUGUUCCUAAUGAAGUAGAUAUGAUGAUUUGGUACUGUUACUGACUGCCGACCUUCUAACUGGUCUACAGAUAUAAUCAAGUCUGAUGAUAACUUUUUUUUGUUGAAACUACACUCGUUAAAUUUAUACGGGCCUAAUGUUGCAUACAAAAUUUGGCUGCCAACUGGUCUUUCCGAUGUCGUUAACUGGCUAAAAUUGUUAGUAAACCAAUAUAUGUCGUUUCAAUAUUCUGUUAAUAGAGAUUUAGACUAAAAAUGUCAUCAAGAUGACUGUAAGAUCUCCAGUUUUCUUUUAGUGGUUCCUUAGAAAUGCUUUCCUCACAAAAACAUGGAUAGAGAAGAAGCUGAAAUUUGAUGCAAAUAUUUCACUCAUCUUGAUGCGUGGAGAGUGGAAUGAAUCAAUAGGGUUACUAUCUCAUGUUAACAAAUAUAUAGAAUCUUCAGAAUUUGAGCUUUAAAAGGAAAGGCAUUUUGUCAGCAAAGGGUGGAUCAGAGUAUUUUCCAGUGAGAAUCUGUGAGGCAACAUACUGAUUUGCAGCCUCAGUGUAAUGGAUUCCAUCCCAGCUUAUGUAUUCUGUAGUAUCAUUGCAUCCCUUGGCCGUCACUGAAAUCCCAUUCACGACCUUGGUCUUACCGCAAGGAACCCGUAUGUCGUAGUUCAGUGGUGGUCCUCCAUAUCCACAGCACGCCAUCAACGCCUGUUCGAACCCUGUAAGUCAAGUCAUCAGUAUUUUUGCCAAAUAUUUCAAGCUAAACCUCUUUCUUAUUCAUUGCACUUACCAUAUCUAGAGUAGUUUGCAAUGAGGUUGGACUUAAUUGUGUAAAUGUCGACAUACGUGACGUUUGCAUCUUGAUACUGUCCCUGCAAUUUUUUACAGAGAGCGUGCAGUUGCAGGUUGAAAAGUUUUGAAGCUUGGUUGUGAGAGUUGACGCAUCCAAGCUCAUCUAGCUUCGAAGCAUCUCUGCCGAAUUUGGCAAUGUUUUGAGGCAAGCAGCCAAGGGGGCCGGUGUUGUGAAUCCAGAAAUCUCUAGCUCCUUCGUCGUACAGUUUCUGCAGGAAGUUGGAAAGAUUUGUUGACUCAUCAUCUUCAUCUAAGCUAUGAUGAUGUAUGUGAGAAACGGUCAAGACAUGGCAUUGCCAACCUCAAUUCCUUCUUCAAAUUCUGAUAAAAUUGUUGGGAUUGAAGCAAGAACUUGAUCAGCUGUCUUGGAGUAGAAGGCGCCCGCCAGAUCAUUUUGGCCUAUGUCGAACAUGUAGAGCGCCUUCUGGAAGUAAUCCUGAGCCGGCAGGUAUUUGUCGAAUCUCGUGGCUGUUGUGUUUACAGAAACUGAGCUACUUGAAUCUUGAACGAAAACGGACAAACUGAGUAAGGCGUUGGCGGAAGAGUGGUGGCGCCUGCAGCUGCAAAGUUGCACCCUCUUCUGAAAAUCGGUGCUGCAAUUGACUCCAAAUAUGGAUUCAACAAGGGCAAGUCCAUUGCAUCCACUGCAGACAAACAUCAACACUAGCAGAUUGUAUGAUGGGAAGAGAGAAUGCUCACUCAGAAAGUCGAUGAUCAAUCGGCCAUCACAGAACCGUCCUGAGGGCUUCUGGAAGUAAGUCUGGCCGUUGGGCGGCUCGAGGUGGUCGGCCAUGCCGGCCACUAGGUUGCCGGUGUCAGAAUUGGAGUCACCGAAGUUAAAAACUGCCGGAUAGCUGAAAUCAACGGCGGUGGCUGGUGCACAGAAGAUGAGGAGGAGGAAGGUGAGGUGUUGGAAGGUAGAAGCCAUGUUGAUUAUGGUAGCCUCUUGUUGUACCUAUAAAAUAAAAGGGGUUGGCAAUUUUAGAGUGCUUUUCAAGUUAUGGUUCUUUUUAACUGGGGACUAUUCAUAGUGUACAAGGUAGCCAAUGGCUGUCCUUUCCAUA